GUUGUCUUAGCAAGAUGGUGUAACCACCCUACAGUUGGGAAUUAAAUGCUGACAACUUGUUAUGUUUUCUGGUGAAAUUUAGGUGAAGUGGGCUGAUAAUAUGCUCACAUGAAUCGUAACUCUUUCUUUUUCUUGACAAACUGGAACUUCUUUUUUCACUUGAAUGAAAUUCAGCUGACCAGCUGAUACAAUCCUUAUCCCAGGAUUCUGUUUUUCUCUGGUUUUCCUACAAUUGCAUAAGUAAAAUUCAUUUGAAACAAACUCAGUUUACAACUGGCCAACAACAUGAAGGGUUGUUCAUGAAACUCUAGAUAAAGUUGGCACGUUCAGAGGGUUGGAGCUGGACUGACAGAGAUUAGUUCAGUAUGCAACUCCCACCCAAAAGACUUUGAUACCCACCAGAAAUCUUUAACCCCAUAAUUGUUUGAAAAGCAAAGAGGCGGUCGAUGUUUUAGUUGUCUGUUGUUCUUAAGAAUCAGUGAAUCACCGUUCGCUUGUUGCGGAUGGCUUUGCCGCAGCAACAUUCGCACGUUCCAAAGUUCGGAAACUGGGACAGCGACAACAUACCGUACACGACCUGCUUUGAGAACGCGCGCAAGGAGAAAGCAGGUGUGAAGAUGAAUCCGAACGAUCCCAAGGAGAACCCGGAGAUGUUCAUGUUCGGGAGAGGAGGCAUCGAGAUCGAUGACGAUCGCCGAGCAUCGGAUGCUUUUGAGCAGAACAUAAGUGAAGGGCACAGAAUGGUCAGUGCGCACCGGAGGACCCCAUCAGAUCAAUACAAGAGUACAGCGAGCCGCACCAGCGUUCGGUCAGAAUCUGGGAGUGAAAAGAGCAGUUCCGAUUCGCGCCGGAACUCGAGUCGACAUCGUGCUAGGCUAGACCGCAAUAAAGGGCUAACGGAGAGCAGCAACAGCUUGUCGCCCUCCGUGGCUAGUGUCCCAAAGCAUGCAAGACAAAGGAGUGGAAGUCAACCGUCCGAUGAUUCCCAUCGGAGAGCACCUUCAAUACCUAAAUUCGGGGCCUGGGAUGAAACCGAUCCGACAUCGGGAGAGAGCUUCACCGUCAUCUUCAACAAAGUGAAAGAGGAAAAGCAAAACACGUCCUCCAAGUUCCCAGUCGUGCCCCCCGAGCCGAACACCUACUCAAGCAAUCAGAAGAAGCAAGAAAGCUCUUCUUCCUCCAGAUCAAAGAUAUGUUGCGGUCUAUGUUUUGGAGGGAGGGAGUGAUUCUAGGAAGCUUCACGUUUGCAUCUCGGCUUUCCGCCUAAGACACGACAUAUUAUAGUUUCGAUUUCGAUGAUUACUGCGAAAUGGGUUGAUGCUUAAGACUUAAAACAGUUUGUUUGAUUGAGAUUUAUAUAUUUUUUCCA